CUGGAAAAAAUUCGGUUAUGACGGGUUGGGAGUGAAAACAUUAAAGGAUGGUAGUAAACGAAGUCAGUCACGGCGCUGAGUAUCUUGAUUUGAUUCUCCUAGAAUUGAUUGAGUUUCCCAAGACAUAAUUGAUUUUGGAAGAGACAACCAAACACACUUCAAAAUAUUGAUGUUUCUUUCUUUUUGAUGAGAAGAAUCAAAUCGGAUCCCUAACCUCUUCCUUUACUCUCCCUCCCAACAUUUUCACUCCUCGUAUCUCUCUUUUCUACUUUCAACAUUCACAUAUUAAUAAUAACUAUGAACUUGUCGUCAUUUACGUUAAACUACAAUCCACAACAACAACAACAACAACAACACCAACUAAUGGAGUUUCUUCUUCUUCAAUUACUGAGAUUCUCUUGGAUUGCUGCUACAUUGCCUAUUAUCAUCUCUUCCAUUCCCAAACUCAACUUUCUCCGCCAAAUCUUGUUAUCCUUUGCAAAGAGAGGAAAAAUCAUGCACUCCACUUCUCAAAAAUUUACUGUUCCUCAGAAAUUCUUCUUGCAUUUCUAUGUUUUGGCUUCAAUAUGGACAACAUUUCUGCUUGUUGCAACUUGGAUGUAUGCUCAUAGAAUGGUGCCGGUAGUUGCGGAGCCGUUGUCUUAUUCUACUAUAACUAGUUUCUUGACUGGAGGUUCAACUAUUAGAGCUGGUUCUGAUAAAUUGCGGCAGGGAUAUGUUGCAUGGCAAGCUGUUUUUCUGCUUUUGUUGAUGGAAGCUCAUGUCUUAAGACGGCUUUUUGAAACUAUAUAUGUGUUUAAUUAUAGCCCGUCUGCUCGUAUGCAUAUUAUUGGCUAUCUCACUGGAUUGUUUUUCUACAUCGCAGCACCAUUAUCACUUUGUGGUGAUUGUGCAUUGGAUGUUUUUGACUGCUUAACAAAUCUAGUGACCGAGUUCAUUGUCAAAGGUAAGAAUCAGAUGCCAGUACCAGAGAUAGAAUUGUGGCUACUUUUAAAUCCCCUCAACAGGCUCGGGUGGAAGCAUUGGAUUGGUGCGGCUGUUUUCUCGUGGGGAUGGAUUCAUCAAUAUCGGUGCCAUAAGAUUCUUGGUUCUUUACGUGAUUCAAGACAAGCAGAUGAGUAUGUAAUUCCUCGCGGCGAUUGGUUUGAUAUUGUUUCAUCUCCACACUAUCUCUCUGAAAUUGUUAUAUACGCCAGUUUUGUGGUUGCUACUGGUGGAUCCAAUCUAACAAUCUGGCUACUUUUUGUUUUUGUGGUGGCAAAUCUCGCAUUUGCAGCCGUGGAAACACAUAGCUGGUAUCGUCGUAAAUUUGAAGAUUAUCCAAGCAGUCGGUUCGCUAUUAUUCCGUUCAUUCUCUGAGAUUGUGAGGCAAAGUGUAAUUAUCUCAACAUAACGCAGUAAUUUUUUUUUCCCGCUUCUCAAUAUGUACAUAUUUAGUUUAAGGUUUUAUUUAUACCGUUGAUUUUGUCCGAACUUAAUAUUGAAGUCGAGUAGUUAUUGUGUCGAUUCUUUUGACACCAACGUGAAUUCUA